AUGCACCAUGGAGCUCCAAUCCAGUCGUACAGCCUGAAGUGUGUGGAUUGUCUGCGUUGCAUCCUCGAAAAGGCACUAGCUCAUGAUAUUCAUGAAGUUGUUCUGAGUUCCUUUAGUGAAGCUUGCAAGAAAGUUAUUCUGAAGGUGCCUUCUCAUCUUCAGGCUGGGACACUCGUAGGAAAAGUUAAUCUGGACAAAUGCUUCACCUCGGCCAACAUCGUCCUUUCAAAUGAUCCUGAUUUCAGAGUGCUGGAAGAUGGAUCAGUGUAUACAGCAAAUGCCAUUGGAUUGUCUGAACGAAAGGCUUUCACCAUAUUGCUUUCAGACACCCAGAAAAAAGAACAAAAAGAGCUGGAGAUCUUACUAUUACCUCAGGGGGAAAAGACACGUAUAAUGAGGCAAACGAAGAAUAGAGUCCUCAAGCGCACCAAGAGAAGAUGGGCUCCUAUCCCUUGUUCCUUGAUGGAGAACUCCUUGGGACCAUUUCCACAGCAAAUUCAACAGAUCCAGUCUGAUGCGGCUCAGAAUUACACCAUCUUUUACUCCAUUGGUGGAUCUGGUGUCGAUAAGGAACCCUUCAACUUGUUUUACAUCGAGAGAGACACAGGGGAUAUCUACUGCACCCGUUCUGUGGACCGUGAGCAGUAUGAGAGCUUUCAGAUCAUUGGCUAUGCAACAACCCCAGAUGGAUACACUCCUGAGCAUCCGUUACCACUGCUAAUCAAAGUCGAGGAUGAUAAUGAUAAUGCCCCCUAUUUUGAAAACCAAGUUACUAGUUACAGUGUGAUGGAAAACUGCAAAGUGGGUAUGACAGUGGGACAAGUGACUGCCUUAGACAAGGAUGAACCCCAAACCUUGCACACCCGCCUGAAAUAUACAAUUUUGAAACAGAUUCCAAAUACCCACCGAGCAUUCGCCAUCCAUCCAGAAACAGGUGUGAUCACCACCGCAACGAACCUUCUGGAUAGAGAGGAAUGUCAUACCUAUCAACUGAUAGUUCAAGCACAAGAUAUGGGUGGCCAGCCUUUUGGUCUAUGCGGCACAGGAACGGUGACUAUAACCCUUGAAGAUGAAAAUGACAAUUCCCCAGUUUUCUCCCAGGCUUCAUACAUCACCCAAGUGGAAGAAAACACAAUCAAUGUUGAAAUUUUGCGACUGAGGGUAGAAGACAUAGAUCUACCCAAUAGCCCUCACUCCAGGGCUAAUUACACUAUCCUGAAGGGAAAUGAAAAUGGGAAUUUCAGAAUAACAACAGAUCCAAGGACCAAUGAAGGUGUCUUAUGUGUUGUCAAGGCACUGAACUACGAAAAGAUCCGUCAGAUCCUUUUGGUAAUUGGAGUGGUUAAUGAGGCUCGAUUCUCCAAAGGAGGAAAUUCAAGGGGAGUUACCAUGUGCACGACCGAAGUCACAGUGAAUGUAAGAGAUCAAGAUGAGGGGCCGGAAUGCAAUCCUCCAGUAAAGGUUAUACAGAGUAAGGACGGUCUGAAAGUCGGGUCGGAGAUCUUUGGAUAUCAAGCGGUGGAUCCAGAAACGGGAAAUAGCGAAGGCUUAAGGUACCAGAAGCUGUCAGAUAAGGAUAAUUGGUUUGAAAUUAAUGAAUCAACGGGGACUCUGAGAACAGUGAAAGUACUGGACAGAGAGUCAAAAUUUGUGAAAAACAACCAAUACAAUGUGACAGUGAGUGCAAGAGAUGCGGCUGGCAGAACAUGCACUGGUACCUUAGUAGUUCAUAUGGAAGAUAUUAACGACAACGUACCAAUAAUUAUUAAAAAUGAUGCGAUCAUUUGCCAUCCAGCAAAUGAUUUUGUUGAACUUAAAGCCGAAGACUUCGAUGAGCGUGAAAAUGGUCCACCUUUCAGGUUUGCUUUGGAUAAUUCUGCAAACAAAUUCUGGACCAUUGAAAAAAAGACUGAUACGACUGCAAAACUUCACCUCCGGGAAACUCUCAAGUAUGACAAUUAUUCGGUACCGAUCUUGGUAACAGAUCGGCAUGGCAAUGGUAAAAUGACAGACUUGAGAGUCAGAGUAUGUCAGUGUACUGUUCCUUCUGAGUGUCCCAGAGGAUUUCCGAAAGGCAGCUCCUCAACAGACGUAAGGCUUGGACGAUGGGCCAUCCUUGCAAUAGUCUUGGGCUCCGCUUUACUACUGUGCGUCCUGCUUACGUGUGUUUGUGCAACGGCAAAAAGAACGGUACAAAAAUGUUUCCCUGAAGAUAUAGCUCAGCAGAACUUGAUUAUAUCGAACACAGAAGGCCCAGGAGAAGAAGUGACGGAUGCAAACAUCAGGCUCCCAAACCAAUGUAUUAGCAUCUGUGAACCAGUUUGUGUCAGUACAUUGGGAGGACAGGGUAUAAAAACUGGAGGACACCAGAACAUUGAAAUGGUCAAAGGAGGUGGGCAUCACACCUUGGAGUCUUGCAAGGGAGGAGGGCAGUCCACGAUGGAUACUGGCCGAUACACCUACACUGAUUGGCACUGUUUCACACAACCUCGUCUUGGUGAAAAGGUGUAUCUGUGUGGGCAAGAUGAAGCGCAUAAGCAUUCUGAAGACUACGUCCUUUCAUAUAACUAUGAAGGAAAAGGAUCGGCUGCUGGUUCAGUAGGCUGUUGCAGUGAUCAACAGGAAGAAGAGGGGCUUGACUUUUUAGAACACCUGGAGCCCAAAUUCAAAACAUUAGCGAAGACUUGUUCAAAACAAUAA